AACAGAAGUAGGGAUGGACGCUACCAUUGUGAGUUGCUUGGGCGUGUUCAGGGGGCUCCUCCUAUAAUGAAUGGAUCGGGAGGAGGGACGGAGAGUGCGAGUGGGAGCGCUCGCAUCCUAAUCUUCCUGUUCAGCAUCUCUGCUGGCUCUCUGGAUGAUCCCUCUCUCUCAUGUUUGAAUACAGGCCGUCAUUACCGGAUACUCAGCUUUUUGGGGGAUUGUAAAUUUUUACAUUUUUAAAAAUAGAGGGACUAUUUUGGUGCAUAGUCAGCAUAAUUUGACGGCUCAGCAUGUGGCCCAAUGAGAGCUCUGAAAAUCAAAGGUGAUUAGAAGUGACCAACCUCCAUCCUUACAGUCAAACUCAAGGGACCCAUUUGAUUGGAGCCUUGAUGAGAUUUCUUUAGCUGUAAACACUCAAGCAGAUCAAAAGUACAGCGACACAAACCAACACAGCUACGGAUUAUGCCUAUAUAGGCUCCGACGUGCAGUGUAGGUAAGAACAUCUCUGAAACCAUGGCGGACCCCUACCACAACAACAUUUACCACCAAGGAGAUGGAGACAGCUAUAGGACGUAUGGACAGGGAGGACAGGAUGGCUACGGUUAUCAGACUGACUACCCUCCACAGGAGGAAGAUGCCGCCAGUGAUGUCACCGAGGGACACGAUGAAGAAGAUCAAAUGUAUGAAGGGGAGUACCAGGGCAUCCCCCACCCGGAUGAGGUCAAGGCUGCCCGGAGGGCAGCGAGAGCAAAAGCGAGGACCAUGGCGGACGGCGUGUCAGAUCAGGAGGAGCUUGCUGAACAAUACGAGGACAUCAUGGAGGACUGUGGACAUGGGAAGUUCCAGUGGACCUUGUUUGUGGUGUUGGGUCUGGCGCUAAUGGCAGACAGCGUGGAGUGCUUUGUAGUGGCCUUGGUGCUACCCAGUGCAGAGAAAGACAUGUGUUUGUCCCACGCUGAGAAGGGAAUGCUGGGUUUGAUAGUUUUCCUGGGAAUGAUGUUCGGCGCAUUUAUUUGGGGUGGCCUGGCUGAUAAAGUCGGUCGACGGAAAUGUCUGAUUAUCGUUCUGGCCAUGAACUGCAUCUCUGCCUUCUUCUCCUCAUUCGCACAGGGAUACGGCUUCUUCCUGUUUUUCAGGCUGUUCUCUGGAAUUGGGAUUGGGGGCUCCGUCCCAAUAGUGUAUGCGUACUUCUCUGAGUUCCUGCAGAUGGAUAAAAGAGGAGAACAUCUCAGCUGGCUCUGCAUGUUUUGGAUGAUGGGGGGCAUCUACGCUUCCUUCACCGCCUGGGGCAUCAUCCCUCGAUAUGGCUGGGGUUUCAGUAUGGGCACAGAGUUCCAGUUCCACAGCUGGAGAGUGUUUGUUCUGGUCUGUGCUCUCCCAGCUAUAGCAGCUUGUCUUGGGCUAAUGUUCAUGCCUGAGAGCCCACGCUUCCUACUGGAGAAUGCUAAACAUGAUGAGGCCUGGAUGAUCCUGAAACAGGUUCAUGACACCAACUGGAGAGCCAAAGGAGAACCUGAGAGAGUGUUUACUGUAACUCAAAUCAAGACUCCAAAGACUCAGGAAGAUGAGUUUAUUGAGAUUCAGACUGCAACUGGAACUGCUUUCCAGAGAUGGGUGGUUCGAACUUUGACACUGACCAAGCUGGUCAUGAAAAAUGUUUUGUCCCUCUUCGGUCGUGAUCUAAGACUCGCUACUCUGCUAAUGGCCAUCAUAUGGUUCACAAUGGCAUUUAGUUUUUACGGGCUAUCGGUGUGGUUUCCUGACAUGAUCAAACACCUCCAGCACGAGGAGUAUGAAUCCAAGGUCAAAGUAUUUAAUCGGGAGAAGGUGGAGCAAUUUCAUUUCAACUUCUCUUUGGAGAACCAAGUCCAUAAAGAGGGAGAAUACAUCAAUGACAAGUUCAUCAACAUUGAGAUGAAGUCUGUGAAGUUUGAAGACUCCUUAUUUGUGGACUGCUACUUCGAGAACAUCCGAUCCACAGACACCAUCUUUGAGAACUGCACCAUCCGCAGUACUGUGUUUUAUGACACAGACUUAUAUGAGGAAAAGUUCACUGACUGUACAUUAGAGAACGUCACUUUCCUGCACAACAAGAAGGGAUGCCAUUUAGACAAUGAGGAGGAGAACGAUGUCCUCAUCUACUUGGUCAGCUUCUUAGGCAGCUUAGCUGUGCUGCCUGGAAAUAUCAUCUCAGCACUCUUCAUGGACAAGAUUGGACGAAUCAAGAUUAUAGGGGGUUCGAUGCUUAUUUCUGCUGGCUGCACCUUUUUUCUUUUCUUGAGCUUUAGUCAGGCAGCCAUCAUAGCCUGGCAGUGUCUGUUUUGUGGCGUUAGCGUAGCAGCGUGGAACGGCAUUCAAGUCAUCACCGUGGAACUCUACCCAACUUCAAAAAGAGCCACAGCGUUUGGAGUCUUAAAUGCCAUUUGUAAGUUCGCAGCUAUAUUGGGAAGCUCAAUCUUUGCCUCAUUCGUAGGCAUUACCAAAGUCAUCCCCAUUCUGCUGUCCUUCGGUGCUCUGGUUGCUGGCGGCGUGUUGGCCCUGAAACUGCCUGAGACCAGAGAGAAGGUCUUGCUGUGAAAAUUUGAAGCUGAAGG